AUGACCUUGAGACUUCCACUGAGAAUUGUCAUCGUGGGCGGCGUGGCUGGUGGAAUGUCAGCUGCGACGCGAGCUCGUCGAUUGGAUGAACAUGCUUCCAUUAUUGUGUUGGAGCGAGGGCCAUUCGUGAGCUAUGCAAAUUGUGGUGUACCAUAUGCUUUGGGAGGUAUAAUUGAAUCCGAUAGCACACUAGUGCUUCAAAAUGAGAUUGGCUUAGAAGCACGCUUUAAUAUCGACAUUCGACUCCAAUCAGAACUCCUAAAUAUUGACAGACAACAACACGAAGUCGCUGUUCGUGACAUACAAAGAAAUUCAGUCUACAAAUUGCCAUACGACAAGCUCAUUCUCGCCCAAGGAGCCGAGUCGUUCCGCCCUCCAAUCCCUGGCAUCAAUCAGCCGCAAGUCUUCACACUACAAACUAUACCGGAUUUGCAAAGUGUUCGAACGUAUAUCUCCGAGAAGAGCUGUAAGUACGCAGCCAUAAUUGGAGGGGGGUUUAUAGGCCUAGAAGCAGCAGAAAACCUCCACAAGCUUGGACUAAAUGUGAGCAUCAUUGAAAAAUCAACACAUGCUUUCCCACCAUUCGACGAGGAUAUGGCACAAAUAUUGCACAAAGAGCUGGAGAGCCACCAUGUUCAAAUAUAUACGGGCGCUGUUAUCAAGGAAAUAAAUCCAGCAGGUUCAUUAUCAGAUGGCAUAAUACUUUCUGACGGCCAAUUCGUGCUCGCAGAUAUCAUCAUUGCAGCCGUUGGCGUGCGUGGACGAUCUGCUAUAGCCAAAAAUGCUGGACUUCGGAUUGGGAAUAGUGGCGUCUCGGUUAACAUUUUCAUGCAAACUUCUGAUCCAGAUAUAUACGCUGUUGGGGAUAUGAUUGAGACAGAGAAUCGAAUAUCCCAUCAAGCUAUGAGUUUGGCUUUAGGAGGUCCCGCCAAUCGACAGGGCCGUAUUGCUGCGGAUCAUAUUCUCGGCGAAUCGACACCAUAUCGAGGAAACGUGGGCACAUGCAUCUGCCAAGUAUUUGGCCUCUCAGCCGCUAUCACAGGAUUCUCCGUUCACAGCUUGAGAACCCUAGGAUUCAGCCCACUUUGGGUGACUAUCCACCAACCUGAUCAUGCCGGAUACUAUCCUUCCGCAAGUCCGAUAACUAUCCGCGUUGCUUUCGAGUCCGGAACAGGUCGUCUCCUCGGAGCGCAGGCAGUGGGGAACAAAGGAGUUGAUAAGCGUAUUGAUGUUCUCUCGAUCGCACUUCAAAACAAUAUGUCCAUUUUUGAUCUGGAGCAUGUGGAACUCUGCUAUGCGCCACCAUAUGGGUCGGCCAAAGAUCCCGUGAAUAUGGCAGGGUUUGUCGGUACCAAUCUCCUUCGAGGUGGAGUAAGAAUUACUCACUCUGAGGAUGUACUUUCCAUACUACGGGACUGGCAGAUCCUCGACGUACGGUCUCCAGACGAGUUCGCCCAAGGCCACAUUCCAUCAGCUCAGAACAUUCCCAUAAAUGCACUUCGAGAGAAUGUCACUCAUUUGGAGAAGGAAAAGCCAAUUUUGGUCUAUUGUUGGGUUGGGUACCGGGGUUACCUCGCAUACAGAAUACUCGCUCAAGCAGGUUUUACUGUUUCCAAUCUGGAUGGAGGGUUCAAGUCGCUCACACAAGGAAAUUUCAAUGAGUUGAUUGUUGAGGAUGAUGUCGGAUGUCUCCAACAGCUAGCUUGA